AUGGCGUCCCGUGAUUCAAAGGGCGACGUUGCCUCAAAGCAAAGGCAUGUUUCACUGGCAAUGACAAAUGCUACGGACAAGAAAGACUCUGGUGACCAAAAAGUCAGCGAUAAAGAGAUGGAUUCCAGCCUAGAAACUUUGACUUCGCAAGGUGCCGAGAGUGCCGAUUAUCCCGCGGGUGCUCGCCUGGCCGCCAUCAUAACUGCGCUCGCACUCGCCAUUUUCCUCGUCUCCCUUGACCUGACGAUUGUCGCAACCGCAAUUCCCAAAAUCACCGACCAGUUUAACGGGCUCUCUGAUAUUGCCUGCAGCUACCUCAUCGCCAUCUUCAUUUUUGAGCUCGGAUCUUUGAUCUGUGCUGUUGCGCCCAGCAGCACUGCCCUCAUCGUCGCGCGUGCUUUUGUAGGCGUGGGCGCUGUAGGCAUUGGCUCCGGUUCGUAUACCAUCAUCGGGUUCUCUGCGUCGCCAAAGAGCCGGCCGGUGUUCGCUGGGAUCGUUGGAACGAGCUAUGGUGUUGCGGCAGCUGUUGGGCCUCUGAUCGGAGGCGCAUUCUCGGAUAAGGUGUCGUGGCGCUGGUGUUUCUAUAUCAACUUGCCGAUCGGAGCAAUACCCGCCUUCAUCAUCAUGGUCUCCUUCAAGGCGCCCAGCACUGCAAAGCCACAGGCGGCAACCCUACGCGAGAAGCUCCUCCAUAUGGACCCCGACGGUGGUGCCAACUUUCCCUGGAACUCUGCGCGCAUGAGAUCGGCCUCUUGGUUGGGUGCGGCAAUCGUGGGCGCAUUUGUUCUAUGGGAAUGGUUCCAGAAAGACACGGCUAUGUUUUCGUUCCGCCUUGCGAAGCAGAGAGUUUACAUCGUCGAGUCUAUCUAUUCAUUCUUCUACUCUGGCGCGUACUACUUGGUUUUAUAUUACCUACCAAUAUACGGCCAAAGCAUCGAUAACGCGAGUGCCCAGUCAAGUGGAGUCAGAAAUCUGCCACUCAUUGUCGCAGUUGUCAUCUCCAUGCUCUGUAGCGGUGCUUACGUCUCUGCCACUGGUAUCGCUGCACCAAUUAUCGUUGCUGGGACUGCCCUGUCGACGAUAUGCACAGGUUUGCUUUACACAUUGGAUAUUGGUACCUUGGAAGGCAAGUGGAUCGGCUAUUAG